GCUAUUCCCGAGGGGUGGGGAUAGGGGCCCAGCAGCCAGGGGUUGCGCUAUAAGAGGGGCUGGACACUGACCCAUCUCAUCUCUUUUCGCCUCUGCUUGUCUUUGCCUUCGUUUCCUAAAGUCUACUUGGCACCUAUGGCUUCCAUGCUGGAUGAAACUAUUUGCACCAUUAUUGGCAUCUUCCACAAAUAUUCAAGCAAGGAAGGUGACAAGAACACCUUAAGCAAGAAGGAAUUGAAGGAAUUAAUCCAGAAGGAACUCUGCCUUGGAGCUAAAAUUGAAGAUGAAGAAAUUGCCGAACUGAUGAACGGUCUGGACCGGGACAAAGAUCAGGAAGUGAACUUCCAGGAGUUCCUCUCCUUCCUGGGAGCCUUGGCCUUGCUCUAUAAUGAUCUACUGAAAGGAGAAUAAAGAGUCCGCAGAGAGGGAAAUGGGAGUGGGAGUGCCCCCCUUGUGGCCUAACCAACCUGCCACAGUAAAUGGGUGCAUGGUGGGUGUUUUGUAUAUUAAAUAAAGUCUGAACCUAUG